AUUGUGGUUCAUUGACUGACAAAUGUAAAAUACUUUGAUCUCUUUAAUAUUGUGUUUCAUUUUGAUCUCUCCGCUGACUAUCCAAUUACAGUGUUUGAUCCAUUUUCGGUGGCUUAAGAAAAUCAAAAACCAAUCACUUCUUCACCGAUCUCUUCUGUUGAUGGGUGAAGCAAGUGACGAUUCCACUUCCACCAAACCCAAUCCAAAACUAACCUUAUUCCCUCUCAUCGCUCUCAUCUUCUACGAAGUCUCCGGUGGUCCUUUCGGAAUCGAAGAUUCCAUCAAAGCCGGCGCCGGUCCUCUUCUCUCCCUCCUCGGUUUCUUACUUUUCCCUCUCAUUUGGAGCAUUCCCGAAGCUCUCGUCACCGCCGAACUCGCCACAACCUUCCCUCACAACGGCGGUUAUGUCCUUUGGAUUUCAUCAGCUUUUGGUCCCUUUUGGGGCUUCCAAGAAGGCUUCUGGAAAUGGUUCAGUGGCGUCAUGGAUAACGCUCUUUACCCUGUUUUGUUUCUCGAUUACUUGAAGCAUUCUUUUCCGGUUUUUAACUUAAUGGUAGCGAGAAUUCCUGCUCUUUUGGGAAUCACUUUUUUGCUUACUUAUUUGAAUUACAGAGGUCUUCACAUUGUUGGUUUCACUGCUGUUUUGUUGGCUGUUUUCUCGCUUUCGCCGUUUGUUGUUAUGGCGAUUCUUUCUGUUCCGAAGAUUAGGCCGAGGCGAUGGUUUGUUGUGGAUUUUAACAAAGUGAAUUGGCGUGGUUACUUUAAUAACAUGUUCUGGAAUUUGAAUUAUUGGGAUAAGGCUAGUACUCUUGCAGGGGAGGUUGAAAAUCCGAGUAAGACGUUUCCGAAAGCGCUUUUUGGAGGGUUGGUUUUGGUGAUAUGUUCGUAUUUGAUUCCGCUGCUUGCGGGGACUGGUGCUUUGAGUUCGUCUCCGAGUGAAUGGGCUGAUGGUUAUUUUGCUGAAGUGGGGAUGUUGAUUGGUGGAUUUUGGCUUAAAUUAUGGAUUCAAGCCGCGGCUGCCAUGUCUAAUCUCGGUUUGUUUGAAGCGGAAAUGAGUAGUGAUGCUUUUCAGCUUCUAGGGAUGAGCAAAUUGGGAUUGCUUCCAGCUGUUUUCGCGUCAAGGUCUAAGUAUGGAACACCGACUGUUAGCAUUUUGUUCUCUGCUACUGGAGUUAUCUUCUUGUCAUGGAUGAGCUUUCAGCAAAUACUAGAGUUUCUCAAUUUCUUAUAUGCUAUAGGAAUGCUUCUUGAAUUUGCAGCUUUUAUAACAUUGAGAUUGAAGAAGCCAAAUCUUUGCAGACCUUAUAGAGUUCCGUUGCAAACAUUUUGGGCAGCCAUGCUUUGUUUGCCUCCUUCUUUGUUGCUUAUACUUGUUAUGUGCUUGGCGUCUUUGAGAACGUUGUUUGUGAGUGGAGCAGUACUACUCGUCGGAUUUAUAUUGUACCCUAUCUUGAUUCAAGCCAAGGAUAAAAAUUGGUUACUUUUUGAAGCUGAACAACUUUCAUCACCUUCCAAUUGUUGGCAGGAAUGUAUUCCAAUUGUUUCAGAAUCGGUUGAUCAUGAAAACAAGGAUGCUGAGCUUCUUGUGAGCUCACCAUUGCCUAUUGUGGAAGAAGAAUUGUUGUUAAUACCAAGUGUUUCUAACCCAAGCUAGCAUCUUCCCUUGACAUAUCUUUUGUGUGGACUAUUGACAUAAGAUUGUUACAUAUUUUGUUGAGGUAGCAAGAAAUGAAUAUGGUUUUUGAAUAUGCUGUUGAUUAGAGUAUCCAGAGGGGCCAGGGAAAAAUAAAUGUUCAAAGUGCAGUGGUUCUACUUGUAGGAUGGCUGAAACUUGAAAGGUGAACUGUGUGACCAAAUCUUCUACAUUGUAACUUGCAUAUACUUUACAUUUGUUAUUAAUUACUUCUUAUUAUCAAUUUUAUAGAAUUUUAGUUCAAAGAAAAUAGUUAAAACUUGUUUCUGCAUUCGGUUCAACUCAUGGUGUCUCUGCAAUUGUGUACAUUUCCAAAACACACUUGAUUGUUUGGAGAUUUGAUUUUGAUUCACGUUUACUAUUAAAAGAAAUUUCACACCAUUCUCAAUUGUACAUUGUAGCAUUUUUUUUAAGCAUCAUUUUUAAAGCUGUAUCUUAUUUUGUAUCAAGAUGGUGCUUGAUUAUACAAAUAUUUGCCUAAAAAAAGAUAAUGCAAAAAAUCGUUGAUUAUUAAUAAAAAGAUGCAGUCAUGAUUUAUAGUGUCCUCACCCAACUGCUGUUUCUUGUAUUACUAGUAAACAAAUAGUGGACAGUAUAUUCCAAAAAGGUAGAGGUUCAUAUAAGUAACCAGAUAAAACUACACAACUACUUUUUUUAAUAUGAGCACAUUGAAACUACAGUAACGUAAACUCAGAAGAAUGCUGUGCAGGAACAAAUUCACACUGCAUUAAAUUAAGGUACAGGAUUUGUCAUAAAUGAAUACUGUGUCCAAAUAACUUGUCUUGUGCUGGAACAUGAAUUCAGCCAAACUUCCAAUGGACAGCCAAAUUAAACAGAAGAAUUAGGCAUCAAACCACUAUAUAUAUAAAAACGAAUAAAUUACUAGAAAGACGUUUACUUGAAAUCAACAUGAUCCUAGUCUUGCUAUGCAGCCUAGAACCAGAGAGACGGAUGCUAAUAUCAUCUUAUUUACUACUAUUACAUAUAUUUUGACAUACAUGUGUCUCUUAGGUUCAUUUUGUAGCAAUCAUACAUCUCUGAUAGUACUAACUACCCGUGUAAAGAAGCCUCUUCAUAGCAAUCUGAGGAGGCCACUCGUUGAAUUCUUCGAUCUUUCUUAGCAUCCAAAGUCAUAAGGAACCAGUCCUUUCAGUUCUGGGCCGUUGAGUGCGUUAUUUUCAAAACUGAAACAUGAGUAGCAGACAUGUAUUUACUUCAGUUUCAAAUGUUAUGAAUAUACAAGUUUGAGCAACUUUUGUACAAGGCGAGAUACUUUGCAAAAGUAUUUAUGUAUCUCAUCUUUAAAGAUUUUGAUCCAAAUCAAUUAUCAUCUCAUGCAUAUAGAAGAACAUGGUCAUUCAAUCUUAGUUGAGUAGUAAGCGUGAUUCAAACGAGACCUACUAACAUGCUUGAUAACGAUAAGCUAAUAGUUUCAGAGAAUGAUGCAUGCAGUUGUAUAUCAAGUGAAGAUGCUUGAUGUUUUCAGCAGGGUUCAUGUUGGAAUUAAUUCAACAGAUGAUUUUCAGAACCAUGGCGUUGUGUAUGAAUGAUGGCCAUUGGACUUGGUGGACAUGAACAAGACUAACAAUUAGGAAAAAGAUUUAGUGUAUUACCUUUCUGCUGGGAAAGAUCCAAAGUUGCCAUCUACUGGUAUUGUUCCACAGAGGUUAUUAUUAGAAACAUCACUGCAAAAUCACAAUCAAGUUUCAAAUUAGCUGAUAAAUGAAAAUUGAACUGGGAUUUUCUCCAUUCCAGAACAUGAAAAAGAGAAGAAAAAAAGGCAUUGAAAUAUACUCACAGAAUUUUGAGAUUUUUAA